AUGAAAGCAGAGUUGGAUCCAGAGAAGAUUUGUCAGCAAUAUGGACGAUUGAGAGGAGAGUUGGGAAGCUGUAGUGGAGUAGAGGACCAAAAUAAGAGUGCUCCUGUAACUGGAGGAGUUGAGUUAUCACAUCGCUACCGGCCUGGAACUAUCGUAUGUCGAGAAAUUCGUCGUUAUCCGAAGAGUACUGAUUUACUCAUCCGUAAAUUGCCAUUCCAACGGCUUGUUCAUGAACUCGCUCAGGACUUCAAAACGGACUCGAGAUUCCAGAGCGCAGCUGUGAUAGCUCUUCAAGAAGCCAGCGAGGCAUACCUCGUUGGUCUUUUUGAAGAUACCAACUUGUGUGAUAUGCACGCAAAACGGGUGACCAUCAUGCCCAAGGCCAUUUAA